GCUUCUCUCUCCCUCUUAGAGCUCCUCGGGUCCGCGAAGAAAGUCAACGUCAACUUCCAGGACACUGAUGGGUUCUCCGCCCUGCACCAUGCAGCCCUCAAUGGCAACACGGAGCUCAUCUCGCUGCUGCUGGAAGCCCAGGCUGCCGUGGACAUUAAGGACAACAAAGGGAUGCGGCCCCUGCACUACGCCGCCUGGCAGGGCAAGAAGGAGCCGAUGAAGAUGGUGCUGAAGGCAGGGUCAGCCGUGAACGCCCAGUCAGACGAGGGCCAGAUCCCCCUGCAUCUGGCGGCCCAGCACGGGCACUAUGACGUGUCCGAGAUGCUGCUGCAGCACCAGUCCAACCCCUGCAUCGUGGACAACUCUGGCAAGACGCCGCUGGACUUGGCUUGCGAGUUUGGCCGUGUCGGGGUGGUGCAGCUGCUGCUGAACAGCAACAUGUGUGCGGCGCUGCUGGAGCCCAAGCCGGGGGACGCCACCGACCCCAAUGGCACCAGCCCCCUGCACCUGGCCGCCAAGAACGGGCACAUCGACAUCAUCAGGCUGCUGCUGCAGGCGGGCAUCGACAUCAACCGGCAGACCAAGGCGGGCACGGCCCUGCACGAGGCGGCUCUGUGUGGCAAGACCGACGUGGUGCGGCUCCUGCUGGAUAGCGGGAUCAAUGCCCACGUCAGGAACACGUACAACCAGACGGCGCUGGACAUUGUCAACCAGUUCACCGCCACCCAGGCCAGCAAGGAGAUCAAGCAGAUGCUGCGAGACGCCUCGGCUGCGCUGCAGGUCCGGGCCGUCAAGGAUUACUGCAACAACUAUGACCUGACCAGCCUGAACGUGAAGGCCGGCGACAUCAUUACCGUGCUGGAGCAGCACGCGGACGGGCGGUGGAAGGGCUGCAUCCACGACAACCGGACGGGCAACGACCGCGUGGGCUACUUCCCAUCCAGCCUCGUCGAAGCCAUCAGCAAGCGAACAGGUUCAUGGGAAACGGUAACCAUUAGCCAGCACUAUCAAAUGAUCCCGCUCCCGGGCCCCGGGGCAGCUGUGCUUAAUGGCGACGCCUCGGCCCAUCCGCUCCAUCUCCUGCCUCCACCUCCACCUCCUCCAUCACAUUCCCAUCAGCCUCUUUUCAGUUCCUUUGGCUAUCACAGGCUGCCCCAUAGCCCUGCGGGGGAGCGGCACUGUGGACAAGGUUCGCGCGGGUCCGACAUGAGCCCGUCCCACCUGUCGCCCUCGCAAGGCGGGUCACCGGCCACGCCAGCACCAGCCGAGGAGAUCUGGGUGCUGCGGAAACCCUUUGCAGGUGGCGACCGCAGCAGCCUGGGCAGCACCGGCAGCGUGGCCAGCGCACGGAGCUCGGGCAGCGGGCAGAGUGCGGGCAGUGGGGGUCACGCCCUGCACGCUGGCUCGGAAGGGGUCAAGUCUGCCGCAGGUUCCUCGCGGAGCCAGAGCGUGGCCAGCUCCCCGUAUGCAGCCCAGCCCCCACCCGAGCAGCAGCUGAAGAAGAUGGAGCCCAUGUCGGAGGGGAAGAGCUCGGAGGCCGUGUACCAGUGGCUGUACAAGUUCCAGCUGCAGCUCUACGCGCCCAACUUCAUUAACGCCGGCUACGACAUCCCCACCAUCAGCCGCAUGACGCCAGAGGACCUCACGGCUAUCGGUGUGACGAAGCCUGGGCACCGGAAGAAGAUCGCCUCGGAGAUCAACAGCUUGAACAUCCCCGAGUGGCUCCCGGAGUACAAGCCGGCCAACCUGGCGCUCUGGCUGUCCAUGAUCGGGCUGUCGCAGUACUACAAGGUGCUGGUGGAGAAUGGCUACGAGAACAUCGACUUCAUCACGGACAUCACGUGGGAGGACCUGCAGGAGAUUGGCAUCACCAAGCUGGGCCACCAAAAGAAGCUGAUGCUGGCGGUGAAGAAGCUGGCGGAGCUGCAGAAGGCCGAGUACGUCAAGUACGAGUCGGGGACACUGAAGAAGAAGGCGCCGCAGUCGCUGGAUGUGGUGGCCAUCGAGUCGCCCCCGCCCGAGAGUGCCGAGUGCCAGUCCCCGAAGAUGACCACGUUCCAGGACAGCGAGCUCAGCAGUGAGCUGCAGGUGGCCAUGACGGGCACUGGCGAGGCGCCUGAUGAGCCCGAGAAGCCGGCCAACCACGUGCCGCACCUCUGGGAGGGCGCUGGCUACCGGCCCCCUGCCACCCACCACGUGCACCAGAACAGCCUGGGCAGCCGAGCCAAGCACAUCAGCAGCUCCCAAGAGCUGCUGGGCGAUGAGCCCAAAGGGCCGAGCGCUGCCAUGUCCAAGAGCCAGGAGUACCUGACGGAGGAGGGCAAGGAGGGGCCCCCCAGCCUGCCCAAAGAGGUGCGCUCCCUGCGGCACGGGCACCCCGUGAAGAGAGCCAGCGUGCCGCCUGUGCCCGGCAAGCCGCGGCAGUCCUUCCCGCCGUCUGCGGGGCACUUCACCCCGCCCCAGACACCCACCAAGCCGCGGCCCUCGUCCCCCCAGACCCUGGGCGUGCCACAUGCCACCGCCAAGGUGAAGCCCACGCCCCAGCUGCUGCAGCAGGCCGACCGCCCCAUGUCGCCCCGCUCCCUGCCGCAGUCGCCCACGCACCGGGGCUUCGCCUACGUCAUGCCGCAGCCUGUGGAAGCUGAGGCGGGGCAUCCGCCGGGUCCGCUGGCCCAGGCCGUGCCGGUGCUGCCCGUCUCAGUGCCGGUGCUGUGCUUGCCGCCACCCAGCGGGGAGGCGGAGGAGGAGCUGGGCCGGCCGAAGAAGCGGGCGCACAGCCUGAACCGCUACGCCAUGUCCGACAGCGAGCAGGAGCGGGACGAGCUGCUGGUGCCGGAUGCCGGGCCCUACGCCACGGUGCAGCGGCGUGUGGGCCGCAGCCACUCCGUGCGGGCUCAGUCGGGUGCCGACAAGAACGUCAACCGCAGCCAGUCCUUCGCCGUGCGGCCCAAGAAGAAGGGCCCACCACCGCCCCCGCCCAAGCGCUCCAGCUCCGCCAUCUCCAGCACCAACAUGACUGAGGACUUCAAGGACGGGGAGGCGGGGGACGGCCCCGGCGAGGACGAGGAGAUGCCGGAGCCCUACGUGGAGCAGCGGCGGGCCAGCGACUUCGGUGGCAGCGUGGACACGGGUAGCGCGGGCAGUGUGAAGAGCAUCGCCGCCAUGCUCGAGAUGUCCUCUAUUGGCGGCGGUGCCAGGGCCUUGGCGCUGCAGAAACCGCCCGGCGCCGGGGGGAAGGGGCCUGACGGCUACUACGUGCCGCCCAGCACCAUGCACCCUGCCAGCCCCGAGCACGGCCGCGUGGCCACCGUCCUGGCUACAGUCAAGCACAAAGAUGCCAUCGGGCUGGACGGCGAGGUGGUGAACCGGCGUCGGACCAUCAGCGGCCCCGUCACCGGGCUGCUGGCUGCGGCCCGCCGGGAGCGCUCCGGCAGCGUGCAGUCGGACGCAGGGAAGGAGGGCAGCGCCGUGGAGCGGCUGCGGGGCUCCCCCCAGAACAGCUCGUCCGAGAACAUCCCCUUCGCCGAAGACGGCAACCUCACCAUCAAGCAGCGGCCCCGCGGCCUGGCGCCGGCCAGGGCUGAGGCGGGGGAGGCACUGUCCCCCGCGCACCGCCACGGCGACCUGGCCAAGGUGGAAGCCAGCGCCACGCUGAAGAGGCGGAUACGGGCCAAGCAGAGCCAGCAGGAGAGUGUCAAGUUCAUCCUGACCGAGUCAGACACCGUCAAGCGGCGGCCCAAGACCAAGGACAAGGAGCAGGGCCUGGAGCCGGCCCCACUUUCCGUCUACCAGAACGGCACCGGCACCAUCAAGCGGAGGCCGGCCUCUGAGACGAGCGGCGCCGAGAUGCCCGCGCCGCCACCCCUGACCCCGCCACCGCCCGCCGACGGGCUCGAACACGCGCCGCAGCCAGCGGAGCCCAAGAAGCCCUUCAAACCACCGGUGUCCCCCAAGCCCGUGUUACCCCAGCAAGCACAGAAGGUACCCGGGCCGCCCACCCCCACGUCCAAAAAGGUGCCGAUCCCCAGCCCUGGCAGCCCAGAGGUGAAGCGGGUCCACGGCACCCCACCGCCGGUGUCCCCCAAGCCCACCCCACCGCCGACGGCGCCCAAGCCGGCCAAGCCCCACGCCGCCAUCCAGUCGGUGAGCGCGAGCUCCACGCCCGCCCCGUCGCCCGCCAAGCAGCUCGCCCCCACGGCCAAGCCUUCCAGCACACCACCCUCGCUCUGCUCCAGCCCUGCCAAGCCCCUCUCGCCCGGCGGGCAGCCCCAGCAGGUGCCCAUCAAGCCGCCACGCUCCUCCAUCGCCGGGCCGUCGGUGGAGAGCGCCAGCACCGAGAUGGCGCACCAGAAGCUGGAGGAGACCAGCGCCUCGCUGGCGGCCGCGCUGCAGGCGGUGGAGGAGAAGAUCAAGCAGGAGGAUGGGCAAGCUGCAGACGCGGCGGCGGAGUCAAAGAGCACCGUCAGCAUCCUGGACGACAUCGGCAGCAUGUUCGAUGACCUGGCCGACCAGCUGGAUGCCAUGCUGGAGUGAGGGUGGGCCCGGCGCGCCCCCGCUAACCUCAGGAUUCACCGUGGGCACAAGGGCACAAUGAUCUACCCCCCCACCCCGCCGUCCCCCCAGCCUUCGGGGCUUGCACAAAGAAGAAAAGAUUACCUCAGGACUGUGCUCACACCGACCGGCACACGCGUUUCCCACCCCCCGAGCCCCGCGGCGCCUGGGAACGGCUGCGGCCAGGCCUGGGUUUGUAGAAGCAAAAAAAACAAACAAAAAACACAAACCAAGCACCCUAAGAGCCCUGCCAUGGGGCUUUCUGCCCUGCUGCC